GCAAAUGUGUAAAUACUCAGUACGGAGAUGUUGUUUAGAGUUUCUAAACAGCGUAAUUAAAGUUGGGGUAAAAUAAUUAAUCUUUUUCGGCGCUAAUUAAUUACAUAGAAGAGAGUACUAAAAAGCAAACCGUACGCAGUUGGGGUGAAAACCUCAAAAGCAUCAACCGGAAAGCGACAUCUGCCUGUAAACUCUGCAGCUUCGCCACCACUGCUUUCAUUAAUUCCUUUCAACUGCAGCUGAAGAAGAAGAAGAAGAAGAAGAAGAAGAAGAAAACGACAAAAAAAUAUAUAUAUGGAAGGGGUGGGUUCGAGGCAGAGUCGGGCGUCGGCGCGGUACGCGGCGAGCCCGUCGGCGCCGGUGUUCAACGGUCCGGUGAGAAGGUGGAAGAAGCAGUGGGUCACCUCUCAAACCAAUGGCAGCGGCGGCGGCGGUAACAAUAACCGGAAGAACCCUCCUCCGCUGCUCCUCUGCCGCUGGACCCCACUCUCCUCCUCCACCGCUGAUGAGCCCCCACGCCGCCGCUUCCGAUACGCUCCGAUAGUUCCAAUAGAAAGGGGAAAUAUGAAAACCCUGGAGAAAGAUAGCAAUGGAGGUAGAAGAACAGGCAUAACAACAACAACAACUCAGACAAAUAAUGGUUCGGACAUUGUAAGUGAAAGUGAUGCUAUAACUCUGUCUGAAAAACCUAGCAAUGGAGAAGAAGAAGAAGAAGAAGAAGCUCUGGAACCUAAUGAAGAUCAAGCUGAUUCAAACAAAGCUCCGUUUCAUGGCUUCUAUCCUCGAGACGAAAAGAGAACUGAGUCCAAUGAGGGAAGGAAAAUGAUGAGUUAGAACUAGGAGAGAGAGAGUAGUGUUGGUUAUGUUAGCAUAAAUUAGCUCUAUUUCGAAACGUGAAAAAAGAGCAAAAACGAAAGCUUUAUCGGUUCUUGUUAUAUGCUCUAAUGCACAUAUAUUAAGCAAAGCGA